AUGUCUGCUUCCCAGGCGGACUUCCCCGCAUGUGCGGGGAGCGUCCAGGCGCCCUCAGAACAGCGAUAUUCUGAAAGCAGAAAUAGCAAUGAACGAGAGGAGUCUGAAAAGUUUGAUGGAGGCUUCCUUCCGAUCAAACCGGCAACGACGACGGACAACAACCAACUACGUCCCUCGACAUCCCGACCUGUCGAACGCAGCUGGUCGUUGAAUGACGGGUACAGUUGCAACAGUGCAGUGGACGCAGAGGCCGGGGUGGGAGGUGCAGAGGCUACCGGGGAUACUUCGCCUUCUGAAUUCGUCGUGGCCUGGGAUGAUAGUGAUGCGAUGAAUCCGCGCUCAUUCGGUACAGCCAAAAAGUGGAUUAUCACGUCCAUUCUGUCCAUAGGAUCCCUCUGCGUGACUUGCACAUCGUCAAUGUAUACUGUGACAUACGACCAAUUAACAGAGGAGUUUGGUUGCUCACGAUUGAUUGCGACGCUUGGGCUCAGUUUUUUCAUCUGGGGAUUAGGUCUUGGGCCACUCGUGUUAGCUCCAUUGUCAGAGUUCUACGGCCGAAGAAAGAUCUAUAUCAUCUCGUUUUCCUUCUUCUUGAUAUGGCUCAUCCCAUGUGCUGUUGCUAAGAACAUCGAGACAAUGAUCGUAUGUCGUUUCAUCAACGGCCUUGCAGGAUCUGCCUUUCUCAGUGUAGCCGGUGGCACAGUCGGAGAUUUAUUCGAUCGCCACGAUCUCAGCGCUCCCAUGAUGCUGUAUACCAGCUCUCCUUUCAUUGGCCCUGAAGUUGGACCCUUGGUUGGUGGUUUCAUCAAUCAAUAUACCACGUGGCGUUGGACUUUCUACGUUCUUCUGAUAUGGACAGGCGUAUUGCUCGUGUCAAUCAUACUCUUCGUUCCUGAAACUUACCAUCCAGUGCUGCUAAGGCGCAAAGCCCAGAGACUGCGGAUCGAGACGGGUGAUGAUCGCCAUCUAGCUCCUAUAGAAAAGAUGGACAGGUCAGUGGCGAAGACGGUCAUGCGCUCCUGUUAUCGGCCUAUCCUCUUGCUCACUCUAGAGCCGAUGUGCUUGAAUCUCUGCAUAUUCUCGGCUAUCCUUCUGGGCAUUCUCUACCUUUUCUUCGGUGCCUUCCAAUUGGUCUUUGGCAAUGUGUACGGAAUGGACCUCUGGCAGCGUGGUCUCUGUUUUCUUGGGCUGUUCGUGGGAAUGGUCUUUGCAAUCUUGUCUGAUCCGUUUUGGCGAAGAAUCUACGUCAAGCUUGAGAAACAGCAAGAAAGGAAUGGUGGAGGUGAGCACCAACCGGAAUGGCGGUUGCCUCCUGCAAUUGCUGGGGGGCCUCUUCUCACUAUUGGGCUGUUCGUGUUCGCCUGGAGCAUCUUCCCUUACGUCCACUGGAUCGUACCGAUCAUCGGGACUGCCUUCUUUGGAGCAGGCACGGUCCUUGUGUACGCCGGUAUAUUUACUUUUAUGGUAGAGGCUUGGCCUCUGUACGGGGCCAGCGCGCUGGCUGCAAACUCGUUUCUGAGGAGUUCUGCAGGCGGAAUUUUUCCACUUUUUGGAAUUCAGAUGUACAACAAUCUAGGAUACCACUGGGCAACAACACUGCUCGCGUUCCUGACGCUGGUCAUGGCACCCUUUCCAUAUCUAUUUUUCCGCUAUGGCAGUCGAAUCCGGAAGAGGAGCCGAUUUGCUACGGGGUAG